GAUUAUCAUGUGAUGAAGUUUGCACACAACAUGACGAAGUUACAUAUAGUAGUAAUUUUCGCUGUUGUGGUUUUUGCCACAUCUUUGGAAAACAAAUGCAAUGUGCCUCCUGAAUUUUGGUGUAGUUCAGAGGAGGUCGCAAGAGAUUGUCAGGUAACAGAGCAGUGUCAUCGAUAUUAUGAACCCAAGGCUAAAGCCGACAAAGUUCAGCUCACUCUGUAUUUUGAAUCAUUGUGUCCGGACUGCAAGAACUUUUUUCGCUCCCAGCUGACCAAGACUUACACUGCCUUAAGUGACAUAAUUAACCUUACACUUGUACCUUACGGAAAUGCAAGGGAAGAAAAAGAUGCUGCAUCAGGAAAGUGGAAAUACACUUGCCAACAUGGAGAAGAUGAAUGUGUGGGGAACUUGAUUGAGACGUGUGCUAUUCAUUUGCUGAAGAACAUCUCUGUAUAUUUUCCUUUCAUCAGCUGUAUAGAACACGAUCAAUUUGGAACACCCCAAUUCUCAGCCAAAAAGUGCGCCAAACAACAAGGAAUAGACCUACAGCCAAUCAUGGACUGCUCCACCAGUUCCCUUGGCAACAGCCUGGAACACCAGAUGGCGCUCAAAACAGAGGCCCUCAACCCACCACAUAAAUAUGUCCCUUGGGUCACUCUCAAUGGGGUACACACAGAGGAGAUGGAGAAGAAAGCGGAGGCGGACUUAACAGCCCUGAUCUGUGAUACUUACAAGGGAUCUCCCAAACCUGCUGCCUGCAACAAAAAGACUGGCCUUCAUCAUUCAUGGAGAGAAUUCUGAUAGCAUCAUAAUACUGGCACCAAUAUACUCUCGACAUGUUUUAUGAUUCUCUGUCUGUGAUAUAGCAGAAAUCUGUCAGAUUCUGUAUGGCUUCAUUUAUUUUUCAAUUAAAUUCAAAUUCAAAUCAUAAGAGAACAUAGUGUAUCCAUUCUAUUUAAAGUUGUAAGUGUUCACAUGUUAUUAUUAUAUGAAAUAUUGUGUAGAAGUUUAAACCUGAUAUGUACUUAAUCAUGUGAUUUCAUUGUGAAAUCCUUUUCAUUUCAAUUUUUGAUGAUUCAAGAAAUUCAAUAAAAUACCUUUAAGUUGUA